AUGAGUCUUUCAUCAUCCGUGUCUUCUCUCUCAUCGGGAGGAAGUGAUAAAUCAUCAUCAACAACAAUACCUUCUCCCCUCUCUAAAGACUAUCUUAAUCAAAUCUGUGAUACUUUUAUUAUUAAUCUACAACGUAAAAAAAUCAAGGGUAUUUAUAAUAUUGGAAAACAUACUGCUGAGAUUCUCCGAGAAAUUGUUGCCAUUACUAAAAAGAAUGUACUAGUGCAAGAUAUUAUUGAUGCUUGUAGAUAUGUUGGUAAGAGAUUAAUGGAUGCUCAACCUACCAUGUUAGUCAUUGGAAAUGUUGUUCGGAGAGUUUUGUUUAUUAUUAGAGAUGAAUUUAAUACUUAUAUUAAACAAAAGAAACCAUCCAGCAAGACAUCACCAAGCAUUCGUCAAUCAACAUUGAAUAUUUCAAACCCUGCUGUUUCUGGAAAUUUAUUAAAUUUACUUGAAAUGAAGAGUGAUAUCAAUUAUGCAGAGCCAAUUGAAGGCGAUUACAAGGCAACAGUCAUUGAAGCUGUCAAUGUUCUAAUUGAUGAAAUGGAUGGUCUCUAUAAGGAUAUCUCUGAACAUGCUUCUGAACACAUACAUUCAAAUGAAGUGAUACUGACCGUAGGAUUAUCACACACAGUUGAAUUCUUUCUCCUCGCUGCUGCUAUCAAAGGCAAAGAAUUUGACGUUAUUGUGACUGAAAAUGCACCUUCUUAUUCUGGACAUCAAAUGGUAUUGAAAUUAAGCAAGGCUGGUAUUAAGACAACUCUCAUUUCAGAUGCAAGUGUUUUUGCCAUUAUGGAUCGAGUCAAUAAGGUUGUCAUUGGAACACAUGCAGUGAUGGCUAAUGGUGGUUUAGUAGCUCCAAGUGGAACUCAUUUGGUUGCAUUGGCUGCAAAAGAAAAAUCAAUUCCAUGUGUGGUUUGUAAUGGUCUUUACAAGUUAACACCAUUGUAUCCAUUGGAUCAAGAUUCAUUCAAUGACAGACAUUCCCCAUUGGAAAUUAUCAAAUUAGAAGAUGGUGGUUUAUUGAGAGAUGUUCAUAUUUUGAAUCCUGCAUUUGAUUAUGUUCCUCCUGAAUUGAUUGAUUUGUUUAUUACUAACGUUGGAACACAUUCUCCAUCUUAUAUUUAUCGUUUAUUGACCGAAUAUUAUGAUCGAAGAGACUACAAUUUGGAUUAA